GUUGUGCCUUCCUAUUGGCUCAUUCUGGGAAAACGAGGGGCGGGACUCGUGCGAAGCAGUGCGCUCAGGAAGACGUCCGUCGUAGUGACUGGAUUCUUCGCGGCCUAUAGGAUUGUUUCAUAACAACUAAUGAAAAAGGAUGAAAGCUCUUAAUUAGAGAGCGCUGUUGGACAGGAAACAGGAGACCUGAAUUGAGAGGAGCAAUGGCUUACUCCAGCUACAGCAGCCUGAGCCGGGCUCAGCUUACCUUUGAGUACCUGCACACAAAUUCGACAACCCAUGAGUUCUUAUUCGGAGCCUUGGCUGAGCUUGUGGACAACUCAAGAGAUGCCAGUGCCACACGGAUAGACAUCUACACAGAAAAAAGAUCCGAGUUGCGUGGUGGUUUCAUGCUCUGUUUUCUGGAUGACGGUAUUGGGAUGGACCCGAUGGAGGCAACCCAUGUGAUUCAGUUUGGAAAGUCAAGCAAAAGAUCCCCAGAGUCCACUCAUAUUGGCCAGUAUGGAAACGGACUGAAAUCGGGCUCAAUGAGGAUUGGAAAGGACUUCAUCUUGUUCACAAAGAAAGAAAACACUCUAACUUGUCUUUUCCUGUCGAGAACAUUUCAUGAAGAAGAAGGACUUGAUGAGGUAAUAGUGCCUCUCCCCUCUUGGGAUCUGAAAACCAAGGAGCCACUGACCUCUGAUCCUGAGAAAUAUGCCAUAGAGACCGAGCUCAUCUUCAAAUACUCACCUUUUAAAAAUGAGCAUCAGCUGAUGGAGCAGUUCAACAAAAUAGAUAGCAGCAGCGGCACUCUGGUGGUCAUCUAUAACCUGAAGUUGAUGGACAAUGGAGAUCCAGAGUUGGAUGUAGAGACUGAUCACCAGGACAUCCUCAUGGCUGGGACGCCUCUGGAAGGAGUGAAGCCAGAAAGGAGGUCGUUCAGGGCCUACACCGCCGUUUUAUACAUCGAUCCACGCAUGAGGAUUUUUAUCCAGGGCCACAAAGUCCGGACUAAGAGACUGUCCUGCUGCCUUUAUAAACCAAGGGUGUAUAAAUAUACAUCGACCCGUUUCAAAACGCGUGCUGAACAAGAAGUGAAGAAAGCAGAUCAUCUUUCAAAAAUCGCCGAGGAGAAGGCCAGAGAGGCAGAGAGUAAGCGCGUAGCUAUGGAAGCUAGAUUAGGAGACGACUUGUCAAAAGAAUCAAGGACGAUUCUGAGAAAAGUUCAGGAUUCAGCCAUGAUGCUGCGAAGAGAUGCCGACAUAAGAAAAAGGAAUCUCGAAGCCAAACAGAAAGCAUUGAAAGAACCCAAGGACUUAAGUUUUAUUUUUGGAGUAAAUAUUGAACAGAGGGACCUGGAUGGGAUGUUUGUGUACAACUGCUCUCGUCUCAUCAAGAUGUAUGAGAAGACGGGGCCUCAGCUGGAGGGAGGCAUGGCUUGUGGUGGUGUAGUUGGAGUUGUCGAUGUCCCGUACUUGGUUCUAGAGCCGACUCACAACAAGCAAGACUUUGCAGACGCCAAAGAGUACCGACACUUACUGAAAGCCAUGGGGGAGCAUCUAGCUCAGUACUGGAAGGACACAAAUGUUGCCCAGAAGGGCAUUGUGAAGUUCUGGGAUGAAUUUGGAUAUUUAUCUGCCAGCUGGUCUGCACCUCCUUCAUCAGAACUGAGAUACAAGAGGCGUCGUGCAAUGGAAAUACCACUUACUAUUCAGUGUGAUAAAUGUUUGAAGUGGAGAACGCUGCCUUUCCAGAUGGAUGCCGUGGAUAAACGCUACCCCGACAGUUGGGUGUGUCUCAUGAACCCUGACAGCACUCAGGACAGGUGUGAUGCUCCUGAACAGAAACAGAACCUGCCCUGUGGUACUUUGAAAAAAGAAAAACAAACAGCUGAAGACAAAAAGAAAGAAUUAGCAGAGAAAAUCAAACAGCAGCAGGAGAAACUUGAAGCCUUGCAGAAAACAAGCACAAUAAAAUCUGCAGCAGAUAUCAAGAAACUCCCGCUGGUGGUCAGCAGUAAACCGACAGAGACCUCCUCGCUGCCAACGAGGUCUUCUGAACGGUCUGCAACUCGCCCACGCUCUCCACCACUCCCAGCUCAUCUAAAAAAUGCCCCAAGUCUGCCUCCGACACGUGCAGCUUCUCAGCGACCCAGCCGAGCUUCGGCACCACCACCACCACCUAAGGUUGAGCCAUCCAGGUCCAGAGUUGCAGCAAAGCCUGCACCCAAAGCUGCUGAAAAAACACCCCUGUCCACCCGCAGCUCCCGGGCCUCCACCAAAGCAUCGCCUGUCAAACCUACAGCUGUUGGACAGCGAAAAAGAAUAAUUGAAGAAGAGGAGAGUGAUGAAGAGGAGGAAGAAGAAGAAGAGGAGGAGGAGGAGGAGGAAGAAGAAGACAGUGAUGAGGAAGAGGACAGUCAAGAAGAACCACUAACCAAAAAAUCCAAGAUGGCCACAGCUGCCAGUAACCGUGGUAAAAUGGUGGAGAAGGCCUCCCUUCUCAAACGUGCCAAAUUAGAUGAGGUUAAAACACACACUCAGCCUGAGAAGAAAGCGGUUUCUGCUUCUGCACCGCAACCAGCAACCCCACCGAGCUCUGUUAAAUCUAUUCCCACUCAGCAGCAAGUGGCUAAAGAAAAGACGCCUGAGAAAGCUCCUCAGAAGGAACCAGAGAACGACAUCAAAAAUGCUCAGAAAGAUAAGGGUCUGCUGGUUGAAGUACGUGUCAAUAAAGAGUGGUUCACUGGCAAAGUCAUUGCCGUGGAGACGAAUAAACAGGAUAUUCGCUGGAAAGUUAAGUUCGACUACGUACCCCGAUCUACUCCCAAAGAUCGAUGGGUUUUGAAGGGAAGUGAUGAAGUACGGUUGAUGCGGCCACCAUCUCCCAUCUCUCAGACGCCCGACACCCAACAGGAGGUAGAGAAAGGCCCGGCACCUAUGGAGCCAGACACUACUCAGCCUGGAACCAGUCGAGAGGUGACCGACAGCCUGGUUGCUAUGUUAAGGACAAUGUUGCGUUAUUUUUACCCUCCUGCCUUUCGGAUUCCAAAGGAUGAUGUUAACAGCAUGACAUCAGAGGAGUUGGUAGCAUUUCCUUUGAAAGAGUACUUUCAGCAGUAUGAAUCUGGUCUCCAGUCGUUGUGUAACUCCUACCAGAGCAGAGCUGAUGCGAGGGCCAAAGCAGUGGAAGAAAAGAACAACAGCGCUGAGCUCAAACUGAAGGAGGCUGAUGAGAAACUACAGAAACUACGGACUAACAUUGUAGCACUUCUGCAGAAAGUGCAAGAGGACAUUGACAUCAACACGGAUGACGAACUUGACGCCUACAUAGAGGACCUCCUCACCAAAGGUGAUUAAAGAAGACAAGAGGAGUUGGAGAUGAAGACUUUUCAGUGCUUGCAGUUAACUCCCCUAGUAUCCAUGUUUAAGAGCACUGGGCAGUGAAUAUUUGAAAAUGUUUUUAUUUCCUAUUCCCUCCACUCAGUAAAUCAUAAGUAUGAUCAUUUCUACACUGCUAUGAUUUUAUGAUCUUGUGCUUUUUCUUUUAGCCUUUUUAUAUCCCUCCUCAUAGUCUUUGUUUAUCUGUUUAAAACAUGCUAUUCUGAUUCACAUUUGUGUUUUUGUGUAGGUUAACUUUUGUUUCCUUUUAUAUAUUCAGUUACUGUGAUAAGCUACAGUUGGUUCUCCUUGUGUUAUUAAAAAAACUCUUAAGGGGAAACAUUGCAAGUCACCUAAUAUUUGGAUUUAACUGGUUUUUGCUGUUUCCCACAACAGUAAUUUUUAUUUUUGUACACUAAAGAAAGUCAGUGUUGCUAUUUAUCAUUGUCCAUCUUUGGUUUGCAAACCAAGUAAAUCUUUAUGUAUAUGAACCUGCAUUUGCGAGUAAAGGUGACUUGCUGGGAUUUUUCAAAAUCGGUGGUCCUCGGAAUGUCAUCAACAUUUAGAACAGCAGUUAUGUCAUUCUUUGUAAAUCUGUGUGUUAGUACUUGGUGCCCGUGUCUUUUCUUUUUGGAAUAAAUUAAUAAUACAUGCCAUGGCAAUGUUUUAACAAACAUGCAUGCUUAGUUUUGUUCCGAUUGGAACAAAUUAUUCUGUAUUUUUGACAAAUCUUUACUUAAAACAAUAAAUCUGUUCAACACCGUU